UGGGCUGUGGGAGGAGCUACGUGAGGAAAGCCACGCCUUCACCUGCAUCGCCUCUUCCUCUGCAGGUGGAUAUCAGAACAGCUCCAGAAGUGUCGCCGCGGAGCAUUUCGUUUUUCAGUUUAACAGGGAGUUUACAGGGUACGGCUCGUGUUCCUUUAUAAUCAGCUCAUCUCAAGUAAACGCGAGAGACGGGACAAUGCGAAUAAUCAUCAUCGGAUUACUUCUGCUGCCUAUUAUCUCAGGGUCCAAAGGUGAAAAUGGCUCUGGACGUUCUUUCAUCCAUAGACCAUCGGACGAAAGCAGCAACGAUUUGAGUCAUUAUGCAGAGAAGAUCCUUACGAGCAGCCUGACAACAGUUUUUUUCCCAAUCCUAUACAUUAUUAUUUUCAUUGUCGGCGUACCCACUAAUGCCAUGGCUCUUUGGGUUUUCAUCUUUCGGGCAAAGAAGAGACACCCGGCCUCAAUUUACAUGGCCAACCUUGCACUUGCAGACCUCCUCUUUGCCAUUUGGAUUCCUCUUAAGAUUGCAUAUCACAUAAAUGGGAACAACUGGAUCUAUGGAGAAGGCCUCUGCAGAGUGCUCGUGAGCUUCUUCUAUAGCAACAUGUACUGUUCCAUUCUCUUUAUGACCUGCCUCAGUGUCCAGAGGUAUUGGGUCAUUGUGAACCCGAUGUCCCACCAGCGGAAGAACACCUCGGUAGCUAUCGGCAUUUCCAUCUCCAUCUGGCUUCUAAUUGUCCUGAGCACCAUUCCGCUCUUUAUGCAGAAGCAAACCAUACAUCUUGCCCAACUCAACAUUACCACAUGCCAUGAUGUGCUUGAAGAAGAGGACAUGACUUUAAACAUGUUUGGCUACUUUCUGUCCAUGGCCAUUGGAGCAUUUUUCUUCCCGGCUAUACUGACAAUAGUAGCAUAUGUGUUAAUGAUCUUAACCCUAACUGGCUCUAUGAAAGAUGACAACAUUGGAAAAAAGCGGAAAAAGGCCAUUCGUCUGAUUAUUAUAGUGUUGGUUAUGUACUUGGUGUGCUUUACCCCCAGCAACAUCCUCUUGGUCAUUCACUAUGCCCAAAUUCGGUCCAACAAUGACGCAUUAUACGCCGUCUACAUUACCGCCCUGUGCUUAUCCAGCCUGAACAGCUGCAUUGACCCCUUUGUCUACUACUUUGUUUCUCAAGAGUUCAGGGACAACGUGAAAAACACCUUGAUUUGCAGAAGCAACAGGACAGUGGAAAGAAUGCGAGUUUCUUUCAGUUCAAUGAAAUACUCCAAGAAAACCAAAAGUUUUACUUCAAGUUCACAAGGCACCAGCAAUACAACCUGUUGAGAUUUGUCUGCAAACUGCGUCUCUUCAGCCGGCCUGACAGCUGAUGAACUCCAAUGAGUGGGCCAAAAGUAAAAGGAGUGCAAUCUGAUCAAUGACGUCAGGAGAGAUUUGGCUGCGAAAAGCAUUUGGUGUCCGCUUUCAUGAUUCUUGGUGUCCUUACAAAAGUUCACUUUUGAUACAACAAUGUUCUUUAUCACUUUUUGUUAUCGUGUCAUGUCCGCUGAGCAAGGACAUUGUGAAACCUCUCAAAAUGCCAAACCUCCUCCAAGUACAUGUUUUUGCAGUGGAUUCUCCUUUUUUUAAUGCUAGUAAGGCAUGUUCACUGAGGACUGUUUCUUAAUUUUUUAAAUAUAUUUAUUUUUUUUAUGGGUUAAAGAAAUGUAUGAUGUACAGGUUUUUCUAACAAAACGGAAA